UUGUGCUGUGUUGUGCUGUGUGUGCAGGGUUUAAGGUCAACGUUGCUGGGUGGAAACCGAAACCGACACCGACAGCGCGGGAUGGACAAUUGUUAAUGUCGGCCAUCAAUAAGGGAAAGGUGACUGCAAUUGAGCACCAACAAUACCUGAUUGGAAUAGAGGGCGACGAAAUCGAUGACCAUGCCUCUCCGACCACUGCAGCUGGUCCAGGCCAUCGUGGCGCUGUGUCUCAUCCUCUCACUGGUUCGGUAUACAACACCACCACAACCAUCAACACCGCCGCCAAACACACCCCGUCAACACCCACACCCAAACCCACAGCCACACCUCGAUUCAAACACAAACCAGCCCAUCCCCUCCACCGCAGCAGCAGCAACCGACCUCCUCAUCCCCCAAACAAUCCACCACCUCCUCUUCUCCAUGCCCAACCACCCCGUCUCCGCCUUCCGUCCCUCCCAGCACACCAUCUCCUGGCAGCAAUCCGGCUGGAAGAUCGAGUACUGGACCGAGGCGGCAUGCGCCGAACUCGCGCGUGCCACCGACCCGUCGUCCGGCCGCUACGCCGCAGCGCUGGCCGCCUUCCCCUCCGCCGUGCUCAAAUCGGACUUCUGUCGCUAUCUGAUCCUGUAUGCGCGGGGCGGCGUGUACAAUGAUCUGGACGUGCGGCUGAUGCAGCCGUUGCCGUGGGGGGCGAUGUUCGGAGAUGAAUCGGGGAAAGGGGAUGGCCCCCCCGCCGCCAUCGUCGGGUUAGAAGGCGACGCCGCCACUCGGGGUCUGCCGCGGUCGCCGCAGUUCGUGCAGUGGACGAUGGUCGCGGCGCCGGGCCAUCCGAUCUUCGGGGCUGUCUUGGGGAAGAUCGUCGACCGGACGGAGGAGUAUCUCCAGCAUUUAGGGCAAGGGGAUAGCGCGGGGGCGGAACCGCCGGAUGUGAUGGAGUGGACGGGCCCGAGCGUCUGGACGGAUGCGGUGCUCGAGUAUCUCGGGGCCGAUGAGGGGCUGUUGAACACUCUGAGAGAUUUGCAGGAGACGGUGCGCAUCAAGGAUGUGGUGGUGUUGCCCAAGCGCGGGUUCGCGAUCACGCAGGGCGAGGACCAUCGCUCGGCGGAGGUGCUGGUCAAGCAUUAUUUCUCGGGGACGUGGAAGACCGAGUGUCGGGCUGUGUGGCGGUGGCUUGGGAGGUGUUAACUUUUCUUAUCUGGGUGAUUGGGGGGGGCGUUUGGGUUGUUGGCGUUUGGGGGUGUGUUUGUAUAUAUUUAUUGGGGGUGCAGUAUUGUUAUGUUGAUGGGCUGAUGGGCCGUGUACAUAUUCACGUCUGGG